AUGGACAACCUUCGUCUAUGGGACUGUUUGACCUUGGUCAGAAGUGACCCCACCAUGACCUGUCAGAACGCCAUCAAGCUGGUCUUCAGUCUGGACGAUGAUGAGUACUUCAGAAUGUUUCCUGAUACUAGACAACUGAUGCUGCUGAUGUUCCCCGGUGGCGUUGUCUACCACUCGUCCAACGAGGAAGCAAAAAUAGAGAACGCCAGGCUCAAGGACGAGAACGCCCGGCUGCACGCAGCUGUCUGGGUUCUUAGGGAUAAUCCAUCAUUUCAGGCAGACUCAACCGUUGCCGCUAUUUUCAGACUGGAUGAGGCACAGUUUCAGUCAAAGUUCAAUUCAGUGAACGUGGCUACACUUGAGCCACCACUAGCCAGCACUCGCAACAAAGUCCCCUAUCAGAACAACAACAAAGAGAAGAAGAAAACCAACCGCACCUCGCUGGGUUCUGGACACGAAUCCUCGAUGGCUAUCCAGUUGACCAACUGCCCGGUCAAGGGCGGAAGCUUUGCUGGUGACAAACUGAGCUCCAAGGGCAGCAGACAACCACGUAGCCAGUCAAUGGUGCAGCCAUCGCGUCAUUCCCAGCACAUCAGUGGUUGCUUCAACGAUCACCAAGAUUUCACCUCCAACUGGAAGCCCACGACACCCCUGGAACAGCAGCCCGCGGGCGGGAAGAUCAGAACUAGCAAACGGAGCCACUUAAAGAGCGACUGGGCGAUCCUCUGCUGGCGACAGAACUGCUAUCUCCGACCUGUGGAUCUGCAUGCUCUAGAUGAGGCGAAGUCAACUGUCUGUGCCCGCCAUGUUAAACAAUUCCGGAGAAGCAAUACGGUGGCAAGAGAAGAUGACGUCGUAGCUGAGAGAAUUAGCAAAGGUCCAUCGCAAGAUGCGCCGGUCAAGUGUGUGUCAUUUGCCGAACCUCUGCCCAGUUACCAGACUGGUUCUUCUAUCGCAACAAAGCUGAUCUGCUUAAAGGAUAAGAAAAAUGCUUUGGUGGGGCAUGGUACAUUUUUGGCACAUGUAACAAAGCUGGUGGAAAGAUUGCGUUUAUGA